UCUUACCUUCGCCAUCGAAAAUAGUCGGAAAUUUCUGAGUUUUUGUAAUCUAACGACGUCACGACGUGAGGUUAGACUAAUUUCCGAAGUGUGGGAUAAAAAUGAACGUCAACUUACUCUUUGAAAAAAUUUUAUAUCUGUUAUAAAAUUUAGUGUUUUCGUAGGAUAUUGAGAUUAUUGAUCAUAAUAAAUGUAAUAAUAUCUCAUGUAAUCAAACAAUGAGUGUAAUAGAAAUUAUCGAAAUAAGUAGUGGAGAAGAUGAUGAUGGCGCUUCUACAAUAAUGAAUAUGCCACUUGGAAAAACUGAUGAUAUUGAUGUGCAACAAUACAGUGAUAGAAGAAUAACAAAGACUCAGCCACAAUAUAAAGACGCUAAUAAUCCAGAAAUUAUUGACAGUCAAUAUUUGAUAAAUAAACUAAUAAAUAGUAAUGCGAAGAUUAUUAACAGUCUCAUGGAACAAAACCAAUUAUUAUCUUUCACUAAUGAUUCCAUUUCACAGGGUAACGAUGAAUAUUUAAAAUUGUAUGCUACACGGUAUGAAAAUAAUAUUAUGGAUUCCCUCAGUCGUAUAAAGAUUGUGAAAAUCGAAUCAUUGAAUGUACAAGAAAAUUUGACUGCGGAUAUUAUAGACAGUUAUGAUGAUAACGAUGUACAGGAAGUAAUUCCUGACAGUAACAGACAAAAUUCGAGUAAUGGGAAUACGAAUCAAUUAAACUUAAAAAAUAUUGAAGAGACAACAAAUGAUAUUUGUCAUCGAGAAUCGUCUACUGUGAUUGAAACUCCAAUUGAUAAUGAAUUUCCAUUAUUUAAACGGAAAGAUUUGAAAGAAAUUUCAAAUAGUAAACACCAAACUGAAAAGAUUUCUAAAUCUUCAUUGAAAAAAUUUAAUAAAUGUCUUCCAAUGGUUGAACUUGACAGAAUCUCAGUAUCUGAGAACAACAUAAUUUCUUUAAGCAACGCAGAAAAUGAUAUUAUUUUCGUAAAUAACGAAGAAAACAUUAUAAUUUCUUCAAGUAACGCAAAAAACACAAUUUUUUCAAGUAACGUAGAAAACAACAUACUUUCUUUAAACAACGCAGAAAACGAUAUUAUUUCUGUAAGUAACAAAGAAAGCAAUAUAAUUUCUUUACGUAACACAGAAAAUGUUAUAAUUUCUUCAAGUAACGUAGAAAACACUGUAAUUUCUUCAAGUAACGCAGAAAAUGAUAAUUAUUGCAGAGAAUGUAACCGCUUUUUUGCUUCAACAAAAAAAUUUGUAUAUCAUAAACGAUAUCGUCACAAUGGAAGGAAGUGUUACAAGUGUGAAAAAUGUGAUUAUGCAAGCAAUGAAAAAUCGCAUUUUAUACGUCACAAAACAACGCAUACUAGCGAAGGUCCAUAUCAAUGUUUUUGUUGUUCGUUUACUUUUAUGUACAAAAACGCUUUGAAGUCACAUUUGUUUACUCAUAUUGAUAAAAAUUUAUCAUGUGACAUUUGUCAUGAGAAAUUCGAAAAAGCAAAUUUACUAAUAAACCACAUAAUUUAUUAUCAUUCGAUUUCUCCAUCUGUUAGGACGCGGCAAUGUAAAGUUUGUCAAGAAUUAUUACCAGAUCGAUAUAGUUUGAAGAUUCAUAUUGAAACCCAUAAAAUUGGAAGUUUAUUCAAAUGUAAUACUUGUUGUUAUAAAGCAACAUCCUCACAAAACUUAGAGGCACAUGUAAAAAAUCACAUAAGCAAUAAAAUUAUUUGUGAUGAUUGCGGUAGGUCGAUUGCAAAUAAAAAUAAAUUUAAACGACAUUGGUAUCGAAUGCAUAAUUUUUUUAAAAAAUCAAGAGUUUACAAGUGUACUCAUUGCCAUAAUCGUAUUACUUAUGUACGAUAUGAUCAUUUUAUUCGUCACAUUAUCAAUAUCCAUGGAAUUGAAUAUCUAGAGCAAGAUAAAAUUUAGAUGCUUAAAAUUUAACUGAAAAUUAUUAUAGAGAUUACUGGUUGAUUUAAGUUUAUAAAUAUUAUCAGUUUUGAUAUUUGUGCUCCUAAACGUUACUAUCUAAAGAAAACUGAAAAAAAUUUAAUGUUAAUGAUUAAAAGUAAAAAAUGAAAGUAGAAAAAGUUUAAUAAUCAUUGGAGUUUAUUGCUUUGUUAUUUACAAUUAAAUAUUUGAUAUUUUAUUUUUUCAUCAAAAAAGUUUAUUUUUGGUAAUCACUUAUGUAUUAUAAU